GUCCAGGAGUUUGGGGUGUUCAGGUGCAGGAUUUUGGCUGUUUCAGGUGCAGGAUUUUGGCUGUUUCAUGUCCAGGAUUUUGGCUGUUUCAGGUCCAGGAGUUUGGCUGUUUCAGGUGCAGUAUUUUGGCUGUUUCAGGUCCUGAAGCUCAGGCUGUUUCAGGUGCAGGAUUUUGGCUGUUUCAGGUCCAGGAGUUCGGCGUGUGCGAGGUGCGGGACCUGAAGCCCAACGGCGCCAACGUGCUGGUGACGGAGGAGAACAAGAAGGAGUACGUGCACCUGGUGUGCCAGAUGCGCAUGACAGGAGCCAUCAGGAAGCAGCUGGCGGCGUUCCUGGAAGGGUUCUACGAGAUCAUCCCCAAGCGCCUCAUCUCCAUCUUCACGGAGCAGGAGCUGGAGCUGCUCAUCUCGGGGCUGCCCACCAUCGACAUCGACGACCUCAAGGCCAACACCGAGUACCACAAGUACCAGGGCAACUCCAUCCAG